AUGAAGCUGUUUGGUUUUUCAGUGACGGCUAGUACUACGUCUACUGAUGGAGCCACCAACUUGGGUGCGCCAUGUCCGAACCACAACAAGAGAUUUGAGUGCCAAUUCUGCGGCCGUGAGUUCGCCAACUCUCAAGCCCUUGGUGGCCACCAGAACGCACACAAGCGCGAGCGCCAGCUCGCCAAGCAAUUACUCCCUCUCCAACCCACUAAACACUCUCGUAACUUUUUAGCUUCCACGCCGCCUUCGUCUACUGUCGGAAUCUGGUCGGCGGGUAGAGCUCCACCACCGAAAUAUGGGAUCCAGGUACAAGCGAGGCCGGCGGUGGUUGGCGGCGGGGAAGUUAACAGGGAAAGUAAUGGCGUUGAUCUCCACCUCAGUCUCGCACCUUCAUCGGGCAGGAUUUUCUGUUAA